AGCCACCGACCUCCUCCUCACCUUCUUCCGUCCGUUCGCAGAGAUUCCUUCCCCCACUCGCUCAACGUCUCCUCCAUUUCCUCCAAGAAUCAAGGAAACGGCCAACCACCACGAACCAGCACUGCGGGAAGGGAAGAAUGCUGGAGGGCAAGGCGGUGGUGGAGGACACGGACAUGCCGGCGAGGAUGCAGGCCGCGGCGACGUCGGCCGCCUCCCGCGCGCUCGACCUCUUCGACGUCGACGACUGCCGCGCCAUCGCCGGCCACAUCAAGACGGAGUUCGACCGGCGGUACGGCGUGGGGUGGCAGUGCGUGGUGGGCGCCAGCUUCGGGUGCUUCUUCACCCACUCCAGCGGCACCUUCAUCUACUUCUCCCUCGAGCGCCUCACCUUCCUCCUCUUCAAGGCCGCCGCCGUCGCCGCCGCGGCCUCGUGUGAUACGUCGGGGAUAUCUUGAUCUGCUGCUGUCCAGCUUCAAUCCUGAAGAACCUCAUUCGUCGUCGUCGGCGACGAGGGAUUCGGCCUCCAGACGUGGAAGGGCAAGGGCUCGUUCAGAAUCAGAAUCAUAGUUCAUACCUGUAUGCUCUGCUGAACUCAAACAUGCCAGAUUUUGUACAUAGAUCAUGGAUGCUCACUAAAUUGCAGAAUGUUGCCAA